CCGCGGCGCGCGCACUCGGAGAGCUGCCGGGGAAGCCCAGCGCCCGCCGCGUCCUGCCGCGUCUGUCUUCGCGGGUCUCCGCUCGCCUUCGCGGUGCCAUGACCACCGAGCAAAUAGUUCUCCAGGGCCCGGGGCCAUGGGGCUUCCGCCUCGUGGGGGGCAAGGACUUCGAGCAGCCUCUCGCCAUUUCCCGGGUUACUCCCGGAAGCAAGGCUGCUAUAGCUAAUUUAUGUAUUGGAGAUAUAAUUACAGCCAUCGAUGGGGAAAAUACCAGCAAUAUGACGCACUUGGAAGCUCAGAACAAAAUCAAGGGCUGUGUAGACAACAUGACUCUCACAGUAUCCAGAUCUGAACAUAAAGUCUGGUCUCCUCUCGUGACAGAGGAGGGGAAACGUCAUCCCUACAAGAUGAACUUAGCCUCUGAACCGCAAGAGGUCCUGCACAUAGGAAGUGCCCACAACCGGAGCGCCAUGCCCUUCACCGCCUCGCCUGCCUCCGGCUCUGCCCCCAGGGUCAUCACAAACCAGUACAACAACCCCUCCGGCCUCUACUCCUCUGAAAACAUCUCCAGCUUCAACAGCGCUUUGGAGGCAAAGACGGCAGCCGGCGGGCCAGAGACGAACGGCAGAGGCUUAGAGCACUCUCAGUCUCCAAGCGGACUCGUCAUCGACAAAGAAUCCGAAGUUUACAAGAUGCUUCAGGAGAAACAGGAGUUAAAUGAGCCCCCGAAACAGUCCACGUCAUUCCUGGUGUUGCAGGAGAUCCUGGAAUCGGAGGAGAAAGGGGAUCCCAACAAGCCCUCGGGAUUCAGAAGUGUGAAAGCUCCGGUCACCAAAGUGGCUGCAUCGAUUGGAAAUGCCCAGAAGUUGCCCAUGUGUGACAAAUGCGGCACCGGCAUCGUCGGCGUGUUCGUGAAGCUGCGGGACCACCACCGCCACCCUGAGUGUUACGUGUGCACCGACUGUGGCACAAACCUGAAGCAGAAGGGCCAUUUCUUUGUGGAAGAUCAAAUCUACUGUGAAAAGCACGCCCGAGAGCGGGUCACCCCACCGGAAGGCUACGACGUGGUUACUGUGUUCCCCAAGUGAACCAGCAGAUCUGCACCGAACACUGCUCUCCCGCCAGCCCUGUCGCGCCUCGUCCCUGCCCCGCCCUCUCCUCUCUCGGAGGUCCCUGCUCCCUGUGGUUUGAUCCCUGCUCAUUAAACGUGGCGUCCCCGCUGUGCCAGCUGGCCCCCACUGCCCAGUGAUGCUGCCUUUACAGUACGCGGAAGAGCGUUUUGUUCAGUGUCCCCUGCCAGCAUCCUCUCUCCACCUCAGUUCGUCUCUGCUGCAGACGGACAGCAGCCCAGUCGGAAGCAGACCGAAUUGACUGUGUCUGCUGUUGGUUUUGUUUUUACUCAAUAAAUGUAUGGACUCUAA